UUGUCGAUAUUUUAUAUUUUAUGAGUCAAAUCCAAAAAAAAACAUGAUAUUGGUUUCGGUUGCUCCUUUAUAGAUAUGGAGUAUCAGUCUGAAAUUAUAAAAGGAUUUCAAUCUGUUUUUUAUUUUAAAUGUAAAGUUUGUAAUAUUGUAGAGAAACUUUACACUGAAAAUAUUGAAAAAACCGACAUAGUAACAACCAACAAUGCUGCUGUCAAUGCGUGUCAAGCUAUAGGUAUUGGACAUACACAAUUGUCGGAAUUUUUUUCAUUUCUUGAAAUACCAUCAUUAUCAUGUAGUAGUUUUAUAAAAAUACAGUCUACUUUAGCCAAAGUUAUUUCGGAUAGUGCAUGGGAAGAGAUGAGAAAAGCCGGCGAGGAAGAAAAAGAACUUGCUUUGAAAUGUGGUUAUGUCGACACUGAUGGUAUUCCGAUGUGUACGGUAGUGGCCGAUGGACAAUGGUCCAAAAGAAGUUACAAAACGAAUUAUAAUGCGUCAUCUGGAGUAGCAACAAUAAUUGGAUAUAGAACAAAAAAGGUUCUGUUUAUUGGCAUUCGUAACAAAUACUGUGUUAUAUGUCAAAGAUCAAAUAUUAAAAAAGAAAUUGUACCAGAACACCAAUGCUUUUUGAACUGGAAAAAAGCAUCAACAAGUAUGGAAGCAGAUGGUGUUAUAGAGGGAUUUUCGAAAAGUGUAGAAUUACAUGGACUAAAAUUUAAUAAACUUAUUGGAGAUGGGGACAGCAGCGUUAUGAAACGACUUCAAGAAGUACAACCAUAUGGACCAAACUUUUUUAUCGAAAAAAUUGAAUGUAAAAAUCACUUGCUUAGAAAUUACGCUACUAAACUUAAUACAUUGGCCAAAGUUACAAAAUAUCCGCUUCGUAUUCGAAAAUUUAUUAUUACAAAUAUAAUUCGAUUUCGUUCUGAUAUUACAAAAUCUGUAAAGCAUUGGAUAGAAGAUGAUAAACUAACGAAGCUACAGAAAAUAAAAGAAAUUCAAAAGGAUUUAGCCAAUGCUCCAUUUCACCGGUUGGGCCAACAUGUAAAUUGCGCCAGUUAUUUUUGCCAACCGGGUUAAAAAAAAAACGAACUAAAUCUAGUUCCAGAGGCCAUAAGUAGUGGGAUGAUGUCAGAAAUUCAAAAUUGUGUAUCGCGUUUAAUUAGUAAAUCAUCCAGUUUAUUAGAAAACAAAACUAAUAAUAUAUGCGAACAGUUUAACUCUGUAAUAAAUAAACAUAUUGGUGGCAAACGAAUAAACUUUUCUAGUCGGGGAAACUAUAACACUAGAAUAGAAGCAGCGGUUGUGGCAUUUAAUACAAAAGAAUUCUUACGGAAAAUCCACAAAAAAAUUACUAAUAAUCACAGUCCAGGAAAAUUUGGGAAAAAAUAUUUGAAUAAUCAUAAUCGAAAACUUUCUAACACCGCGAGAAGACGACAACUAUUUCCAGAACGCAGAAAUUAUUUACAUAGUUCAGGUAAUGGACCUGAUGAAGAUUAUGGAUUGGCGGAACCUUUGGUUAAUGAUAUGUUACCAGAAAUUUUUUUAGAAAAACAAAAAAAAUUUCUUGUGUCAUUAGAAACUGCUAACAAAACUGACAUCGAGUUUAAUACGAGGGAACAGAGCGAUAGUC